AUGGCGUGGGUCGAUGUACGAAAGGCGUGUGAAUCAGCAGAUCACCAAUGCCUUAAGUAAAUGUUCAACAUACACCGCUUUCCGAGAUGGAUUGGCAAUGGCAUAGCAGGUCUCAGUGUGAACCAAGCAGGUGACUCAAACAUCCGAACUUAUUAGAUUUAAGAAAGGUCUUCACCAGGGGGAUGCUCUAUGUCCUAGGCUAUUAAUGCUGUCAGUAAACCCUGUUGUCUGGAAGCUACUAGCGACAGAGGGCUACCGUCUAUCUGAGGCUAUAGAUGCUAAAAUCACUGACCUGUUGUAUAUCGACGACUUAAAGAUCUAUGCGUCAUCAGAAGGAAAGUUGGCGAAGGUAAUGGAAGAUAUGAGAGACGCAUUGAAAGAUAUCGGUCUUCAUUGGAAGAAGAAGAAAGUGCGCGGUAACACAUGUCAAAGCUUAAAGGACUGG